UUGUGUGUAAGAGUGCGAUUUAUAUUAAAUUAUGAGAAGUAUUUAUUUUGUCUUAUAAUGUGCCAAAUGUAUGUAGAGAUAUUACUCAAGAGCAUUGGAAUUUGGAAGCUUACUAUAAUGGUUUCUUAAUAUAUUCAGAAAAUUUGUUAGUGUAUUAUCAAUCCAAUAUUUAUUUUCGCCCUCAGGUCGUAAAGCUUCAAAGUGACACGAAAGUUGUGUUUGUGACGUCGGAACAACAUUCCAUCCUAGCUAUCAGGUGGAAAAGUACCACCUAUGCGGAAUCGAGAUUUUUUCGAAAUUCUUUUAGUUAAGGAAUUGCUUAUCAAUGCUAUUAUCUGAAAGGAGUGGGAAAACAUGAAUGAAAUUUGUUUAUAGCCUCUGUACCGUGUUCCGGUUGAAACCACUAAUUUCAAAUGAUUUCGUAAAGAUGUAAUUUUGCCUAAAAAUAUCGUAGAAAAUUUGGGAAAGAAAAUAAAUUAGUAUCUUCCUCCUAGUAGAAAGUGCAAAAAGGAAGGCAAUUUCAAGGUCAUUUACUGAAUUCAUAAUGAAGCAAUGUAUGAUGCUACGAGGAAUAAUGUAUGCUUGUAUCGAGUUGUACUGGUUAAAUAACAUUUGUUGCUUCUUGAAAUAUCUGUGAUAAUAAACCUUUUAUACAUUGUUGUAUCACAUAAAAUGCCUGUUCUUUAUUUAUAUGUAAAUAGUGAAGUUAAGUUUCUCUGACAUGUGAAGUAAUCAUCAGUUCCAUAAGUAUCUUCUGGUCAGCAGUAUAAGUUUUCGAAAUGUCUUUUUUUAGCAAUUUCAAGAAAAUUUUUCACAUAGCCGGAAAUAUUGCUUCAGAAUCCAAAAGGAGGAGAGUUUAUCACAAUAUUCGUUUCAAUGAAAAUCCUGAUGAAUUCUGGGAAGUUAUUGGUGAACUUGGAGAUGGAGCAUUUGGUAAAGUGUACAAGGCUAGGAAUAAAGAAAAUGGAAAAUUAGCUGCAGCUAAAAUUUGUGAAUUGAAAGGAGAAGAUGAUUUGGAAGAUUUUACUGUUGAAAUUGAUAUAUUAUCAGAGUGCAAACAUAAGAAUAUUGUAGAACUUCUAGAAGCAUUUUUUUGUGAAGGAAAACUAUGGAUUUUGAUUGAAUUUUGUGAAGGAGGUGCAGUGGACACAAUUAUGGUAGAUCUAGAAAAACCUUUGACAGAACCUCAAAUUCGGUACCUUUGCCGGGAAGUUUGCGAAGGUCUUCAAUUUCUACAUGAAAACCGAAUUAUUCACCGUGAUCUAAAAGCUGGCAAUAUACUUCUGACAUUGGAUGGAGGCGUCAAAUUAGCUGACUUUGGAGUAUCUGCAAAAAAUAAGCAUACACUUCAGAAAAGAGAUUCUUUUAUCGGAACUCCAUAUUGGAUGGCUCCUGAAGUUGUUCUAUGUGAAACAUUCAGAGAUAAUCCAUAUGAUUAUAAGGCUGAUAUUUGGAGUUUAGGUAUAACAUUAAUUGAACUUGCUGAAAUGGAUCCACCUAAUCAUGAAAUGACUCCUAUGCGUGUGCUGCUCAAAAUUCAGAAACAAGAUCCGCCAACACUAAGCCAGCCAUCUAAAUGGUCAAAACAGUUUAAUGAUUUUUUAACAAAAUGUCUAAUAAAAGAUCCACAAAAGAGGGCUUCUGCAAAAGAAUUAUUAGAG